AUUUUGCCCUGAGUAUUGACUUACAGCAAGCCAAAACCUUAAACUCUAGCACAGCUCACCAUCAUAUUUAGUUGAUCUAAACUGGGUGCAUUGUUACAAACUGUUGCGGUGGGAUUUUGUUAUCUUCCGCCGCUGUUAGGAGAAAUCGCGAAUAUGCUCAUGGACAGCCUGCGAGGUUUUACACGGGGGCUAACAAAUACAGCUUUAGGCUGAGCAGGGAGGAAAUAGCAAACUGUUUUUUUUACAGGCUAUCAUCAAGUGGUUAGCUGUCGUCUACGGGUUAUUUUUGGUUACAUGUUAUCGAGCAGUUAAUUGAUUGGCAGACGGUAAUAUCAGAACAACUGUCCUCGCUUUGCUUUGACCGGGCGGAAGGCUCCAAAAAGCGGACGUUACAUUAGCUACGACUUCUCCGUUAAGAGCAUGUAAAGUUAGCUAGCUUAGCUGAAUAAACGCUACGUGGUGGUUGCUAGCCGUGUAUGUAAUGCUAAGCUACGUAGCCAGCUAAAGGCAAACAUUGACCAACGUUUUCGAGGUUUUUAAAGAUGCUGGUUGAUUGAGGUUGACGUGGAUUCUCCUUGUGAAUCAAGGCCACAGUUGUCAGCUGACGCAAGCUACCUGCCUGGAAGCACUAGGCUUUUGGUAAAGCCAUGGCAGAUGAAAAUACACAGUUCUGUGGAAACUGCAAACAUCACAUUCCAGAGGCUAAUUUCACUACCCAUGAGAUCCACUGUCGGAGGAACAUCGCACUGUGUGAUGUCUGCCAAGAGCCAGUGCCCCAUUCUGAUCUGCAGGAACACAAACAGCAGGAACACGCACAGAUUACAUGCAAGUGUGGUUUGAAGAUUUCGAAGAAUCGUUUCGAUGUCCACCAGAGCACUGAAUGUUCUCAGCGGCUGGUCCCCUGUCAAUACUGUGAACUGGAGAUUGUUUACAGUCAGUCCAAAGAACAUGAGGAUUACUGCGGCACACGCACGGAGCCCUGCCCACACUGCAAGUGCAACGUUAUGUUUAGGGAAAAAGCUGUGCACCCCGUCUUAUGUGGAAGCCUUACACCACCCCAAGAGAGGAACAACAGCCGCACGAGUCGCAGUCCAGUGGACCUACAGUCUCCAGGACCAUGGUUUGAAGCCCACUCCAUCCGAAACCACCUACGAGGUCAAGAGAGAGGCCCAAAGAAUAAUAACAUCAGUGCAGCAGAACAACAGGCCUUUCCCCGACCAUUUGAUCCCAGAGCUUAUAACACUUCAAGGGGAUCUCAAAGCCAAGGAGACUGGAAGAAUAUUACCCAGAGAAAUACACCGUUUAGCCACUUGCUGGGGCAGAGUGAUUUUCUGAGCAGUAGCAGCAGCAGCAGUAGUGCGUGGCCACAUAGUGAGCUCACGCUGGAUGAGGAUUCAUCAGGCCUGGACUACAUGUUGGCUCUCAGUCUGCAGAGUGAUGGAGAAUCAAUGGCUGGAGGUGUAGAGGGCAACUUGUGGAGUGGUAUCUGGGACCACAAGAUUGACAAGAACACCUCUGUAAACUCUCCACUCUCCCCACCCAACAACAACUACCCAAAUUUCACUACAGGCACUAGUGCCAUGCAGGAUCACGAUCAAGCAGAUACCAUGCUGCCAUGUGAGUUUUGCGAAGAGCUCUUUCCAGAAGAGGACCUCAUCCUGCAUCAGACUGGGUGCAGCCCCGCCUCUGCCUUUGCAUCUUUCAGCAAGCAGCCGGUGUCUCCACCCCGAGAGGACAGGAUGGGCAGGAAUACUUCGGGGCUGAUGCACAGCGUCCCGGACACGCUGGCUUCAAACAUUCCAACCUUCCCUCGGUCUGUCUCCCCGGCCUCCUACAGUCCUCCAGCCAGCCCACUAGAGGGCGAUGUGGUCAUUCCAUGUGAAUUCUGUGGCGUCGCUCUAGAAGAGGCUGUUGUCUUUCACCAUCAGGACAAAUGCGACAUGCGUCCACAGACCGCUCAUCCACUGAACAAUCUAACAAAAGCAUCUGUCAAAAAGCCACAGAGCCAAGAAACCUUUGGCCAGAUGUCUCCAGAUUUCCAGAGGAGAGUAAAACACCAAGGUGACUUCAUGGACGACUUUGGGUUCGACAGAGACACACUACCAAGACAAAACCCGAGGGAAUGGCAGAGAGGCUACAUCGGACUGCCGAGUCAAAGGAAGACGUCCAACUGUGACGUUUCCGUUAAAGACCGACCUCAGAACAGCAGAGAGGCAGAAGAGGCUCGGCCGUCUUUCUGUGACACUGACAAAUCUGCAUCUGCGUCUAUAAAGGGACUACAUCUACCAGAAAAUACAGAAGGGAGAGGGAACAUAAGGAAUCCAAUGACGAAGUUGCCCAAGAAGCAGAAUGAAGAGCAGCAGGAAGAGUGAGAGCAGGAACAUCUGGAGAAAUAGAAAAACCAAAAUCUCCUUCUCGGCUUUUCAUUUUAUCUCUUUGCACACUUCUAAAAAAAAAAAAAAUCGAAACAUAUACCUAUCUGAUAAGUGCCUGUGUGAGUAUUAGUACCUUGCAGAUUAUAUUCUGAUGAAUUUUGCUAUUAAAGUCCAAGCAAGUAAUUUGAUUUAUUCAUGCAUAUUCUGCUUUUUGUUCACAAUUUGUUUCAAGUGUUUUGUAUGUCUUACAUUUAGCCUUAACAGAUAAAUUAUAAAAUGGAUUUUAUUUACGCUCAAUUUGAUUCGAUUGGCCUCUUUUUUUUCUUUUUCUUUUUCAUUUAUAUUUUAACAAAAUGUGUCACGGCUCAUUAAGAACAUCGGGAUUGUCAAACACAGACACUUGACUUUGUCGGUGUGCUUUUGUCUGACUUAAUCUGUACCUUGUUACUUCAGCCAAGGACAUUUUGUUUUCAUCCCUGAUCGUUUCUGUCAGGAUCGUUCUCAGUGUUCCUGUUAGUUUCUGCAUCUUUAUGUAACCCUAAAGCACUUUGAUAGAUUAUUUUGUUCAAAAAGGGCUUAAGGAACUGAUUUGAUAAAUUAAUGCAUCUUUGAGCAAGAAAAAAAAAUAACUAUUAUUGAACAUGUGUCUUUUUAUACUGUUGAACAUUGGUCUUUAAUACCCUUCAGUAAUAUUUAGAUUUUUUUAAUCAUAACUAUAGAACUGUAUGUGUUGUUAUGAAGAGAUGGCUUUUGAAGCAGUGUCUCCUGUCCAGUCUUCUUUUAAGUAGUAUAAAAAUGUUUGUGUGCUGCUCCUCUGAAUAGGAUUUAAAGAUUGAUAAGAUGUGUUUUGUUUGUAACAUAUAGGGUCCACUUUAGAAGUACAUGCAAAAUAGGCAACCAUGUGCCGCAGACAGUUGAGAAAGUGUUUCCUCAUUGAUAUCCGAUCAAUAAGCUAUCUUGCAACAAUCGGUGAAAUCACCUGGUGCGGUGUUUGGAUGGACUUGAGGCACUCAUAGCUCCUGGCUGACUAUUCCUGUUUAAGAACAACUGUUGUUGAUGCUCUUCGUCUUGUGUGUCUAUUAAAUGUAUAAUGAGACGAAA